CUAAAAUCUCACUCUGACAUUUCAAAGUUAUUUAUACGUUUAGAGGUCAUUUACAUCAAAAAUGGCACUUUCCAAACCAAAAAUUCUAGGCACUGGGCAACACUUUCUAGAGUGUGGUUUUGAAGAUUGUGAGAGAAAUUGUGAAUUCUACUGCAAUUCCUGCCAUCAUCAGAUGUGUAACUCAUGCAGAGACCAACAUCUAAAGAUUUCAGAAAACAAAAACCAUGAGGUGGUCCUUUACCAGCAACGCAACAGGCAACUUCCUGUGGAGAAAUGCAAGAUCCACCCCACCAAAGAAAUAGACAUUCUCUGCAAAGACUGCAAUAUUCCUGUAUGUUCAAAGUGUUCAACAAUGCAAGAGCACCAUGGACAUAUAUUUACCGAUUUAGAAACUAUUUACACGGAGAAAUUUACUCUUUGCCAAACUGAACUCUUUAAAAUCCAUAAUUACUUUGUUCCUACAACACAGGAUUUACAGAAAGAAGUCCGGGAAGAUGCCAAAGAAGUUAAACAGAUCAUGGACAGCAUACGGACAUCCAUGAAGGCUGAAGCCGAGUCUCUCAAAAACAUGGUGGACACAGUGCUUUCAGAAAAUAUGGAAGAAUUAAAUCAAAUAGAGAAGUCAUUACUGGAGAAAUUACAGAGCCAAGAGAAGACAUUUGAUGAUUAUAUUGCCUAUCUCAGUGACCUCGUUAAAGAGUUCCAGAGUUACCUGUCCUCUACUGAGCUCACUAACUUCACAACUCAACUUCCAAACAACUUAAAAAUACAAUCCAUACCAGAAACCACAAAAUGUGUAACACCAGAAUUUUCUUUUGCUCAAUGCAGGAAAAAUGAUGUUGCUAAAUUAUUAGGGAAAUUAAUAAAAUCAGAUAGAAAGGCAGAAGUACGAAAAGUAAAGCCAAUGGAAAUUGCUUCUUUCUCUACAUCAAUGAAAUCUACAAGUGAACAGUCAAAACAAAAUAUUUCCAUUUCUAAAGAAACAAUGUCUCUAUCUGCCUCUGUCACCAAGGUCAGGGAGUUCAAUGUACCAGGUGUUAAGAAUGUAUUCCAUGUAUCACAAGAUCAAUCAGACAGACUCUGGAUCAGUGACAUAUUUGGUAAUCUUGUCCAAACAGAUCUACAGGGGAAUGUGAUACAGAGGAUAAAAACCAGUGGUGGACGUGAAGGUUACCACACAGUCACACAGAACGGGGAUCUGAUCUUUACAGACAAAGACAAGAAAGUUGUCAAUAGGAUAACACAGGAUAAUAAUAUCAAUGAAUUCAUUGAAACUGGAGACUGUAGACCAUACAGCACACACUCCUCCCACAUCAAUGGGGACUUACUGGUGGGGAUGAAGAAGGAUAGAGAGGCUGGUAAAGUCACCAGGUACAACAAGACAGGAAAAGAACUACAGAACAUACAGAGGGAUAACAAAGGACAGGAAUUGUAUACUUAUCCAUAUUACAUAACAGAAAACAUCAGUGGAGAUAUCUGUACAUCAGACAUUUAUAAAGGUGCAGCAGUGGUGGUGAAUAAAUCAGGACAACACAGAUUUUCCUACAAAGGUCAAAAGUCAGGGUUCAAUCCCUAUGGAUUCUGUACUGAUGUCCUUGGUCACAUUCUGGUGUGUGAUAGUGUCAGUAAAACUGUUCACCUCCUUGAUCAAGACGGUCAGUUCUUGUCUAUAUUACUCACACAACAACAAGGGGUACAGUAUCCCUGUAGUGUGUGUGUGGAUGGUGAGAACAAUCUCUAUGUGGGACAAGGUCUCACCAACACACUGACAGUGUACAAGUAUAUAAAGUGAUUCUUAUUCUGGCAUUAAUAGGCACUCCACCGAAAAAACCAGGCAAUG